UGAGGCCCCCAGCGCUGAAGUGGGUGCGGCUCCGAGGGGCCAGUGUUUCGCCCGGUUGAGCUUUGGCUUUGGCCGGCCUGGAGUCUCCGUAGUUGGCCGCACCGGCCAUUUCUGUGCGGGACUCUGUCCUUCCAGAGAGGAGGAAAUGACCAAGUUCCAGAUUUGUUGGAUUUAUUGUGAGAUUUUUCUCUGCAUACUUGAUGUGAGCAUCAUUAAGGAACUAGUAACAUUCAAGGAUGUCUCUGGGGGCUUCACUGAGGCAGAGUGGGGCUGCCAGGACCCCACUCAGAGGAAGCUGCACCGAGCUGUGAUGCUGGAGAACUACAGCCAGUUACCUACAGUCUCCGUAGCUACACCUGGGAAGCAAAGCAAGCAACCACAGAAUGAAUUGGUCCCUGUUAUGGUCAUUUGCUAUCACAAGCCAUCUGCAGUGAAUAAAUCUUGCGCAGGAGACUUGAAUGAAAAUUCUAUGGAGAGUCUUCAAGAGAAAGGACUUAGGGAUCUAUUACAUAGUGGCUUUUCUGCUGGCUAAUUUUAGAAGAUAUGGCCAGUACAAUAACAAUGUUAUUGGGAUUAUAUUUUGAAUCUUCCAGGAGAAGUAUGCAGGAAUCCUGAACUAGAUUUUUUCCCCUUAUCAGAAGUAGGGAGAGGCAUCUUCUAUAUUUCCAGAAACAAGAGCAGUGUGGUAACUCUUCAAAGUAAUGAUUACAAAAACAUGGCGAAUAAAGAAUAUUUGUCUUUGAAAGUCCCAAGCCAAAUGACCACACAGGACUCCUCAGUGACAUUCUG